AUGAGACGGCUACGAGGCAACAAACAUAUUGUGUCAUACAUUGAUUCCCACGCAGCUAGAUUGAACGAGACCAAUCAUCACCACCAACAACAACGCCAGCAACAACAAUAUGAAGUGCUAUUGCUAAUGGAGUAUUGCGAAAACAAUGGAUUAAUUGACUUUAUGAACACAAGACUCGUCAAUAAAUUGACCGAGAAGGAAAUUGUGGACAUUAUGUACCAAGUGACAAUUGGGGUUGCAAUGUGCCAUCACUUGCGACCUCCACUUAUACAUCGGGACAUCAAAAUAGAAAAUGUCUUGAUUGAUUCCAACCAUGUGUUUAAGCUAUGCGAUUUUGGUUCCUCAGUGAAUUACAUGGCACCACCGAAAAACCCUCAGGAACUACAGUUGAUGAAGGAUGAUUUGAUGCAGCAUACAACCCCACAAUAUAGAGCACCCGAAAUGAUUGAUUUGACGAAAGGGUUCCCAAUAGAUGACAAGCUGGAUAUCUGGGCAUUGGGAAUUUUUCUAUACAAAUUGUGCUACUACACAACCCCAUUUGAACUGUCCCAACAAUCCUCAUUGCAGGAUUUGGAAAGAACGAUAUUGAACUGCUCGGACAACUUGAGGUUCAAAGACCAACCGGGGCUGAUGUUUUCACCAAGAUUAAAGAAUGUCAUUAAAGUUUGUCUACGGGCAGACCCAAGGCGCCGACCAAACGCAGUUCAGUUGUUGGGAGAACUAUGUCAAAUGAGGGGAGAAACCAAGGUUCCGAAUGUAAUACCAGCCAGUAUUUUACAAGCCGCUUCUACUGAAACAAAGAAGCCAGUGAAACCAGUGAAACCUGUGAAACCAGAAGCUCGAACGUCAGUUAGUCCCAAUCCUCCGCCUUCCGUCAAGAGCGAAACUGGGAAAGCCCCAGUUGACCCGUUUGCAGCCAUCGAUAAAACAAAAUUCAUGAAGAAGUUGGACACGAAAACCAUUUCUUCCCCAUUCGAGCUGGAACCGAAACGAACAGUACCACGACCACUCAGCGCCUAUUACGAUAGUAGCCACAAGCCGAAAAUCUACUCACAGGGCAACAAGUCCACGCCAUCAAUCCAAAACAAGGUCAAGCAGGAACUUGCCAGAGGUUAUGAAACUACUGACUUGGGCGAAACCACUGACACUAUGGAGUUUUUGAAAAACAGGGAAAUCGAAAGCCAAGACAGUGGUAUGAAGUCAGCUUGGAACAGUUUGAAACGGAUCAGUACCGGUGGAAGCAACACUUUGAGAAGGAUCAGCACCGGGGGAAGUAUUAGCGCUAACAAUACAGGUGCCUCAGACUAUGGCAAUGGAAGAAAGAGUCUUAAGCAAAUAUUGACUGGAGGUCGAAGACAAUCGGAAGAAAAGAUAAAGCCCGAAACUUUUGAGGAAACUGCUGAGAAGGAGAAACUGAUUCAGAAACGGAUGCAAGCGCUACUUGCUCAAAGUGAGUCUCAACAGAUACAAAAGACUGCACUGGGAUAUGGAAGAUUCACUGACAAGAAUGUCGUGGACGAUAUAGACUCUAUCAACCAGUCGCCUUAUGCCAAGAAACCACCGUCGCAAAAGUUGGCACCUCCAAAAGUUCCAGUCAACUUGUCAAAAUCGAGGCAGCACAAGUCUCCUACACCGGAGAAAGCGAAACCCCCUGCUGCUCCAAGUAGGCUGCAUACACAGAAGCAAAAAUCACAUACAGUGCCUGCACUUAAACCAAAGUCGGAUAAACUCAAGCAUGAGCUUCGCCAUGAUAAAAAGCCCCCUCCAAGCAAGCCAAAGAAGCCAACUUUUCUCAAGGCAGGACAACAGCAAAGUCGCAGGUUGAGCACCAGCAGCGACUUAUCGUUACCCGAUAUAGACGACUUAGAGAAGCAAUUUUCAAAGCGAUUCCCCAAUUAUGUCUAA